ACACGGAAGUACCGAUGAUGGGAAGCGCCUGGAAAGCCGAGCGUACUUGCGUCUUGCCACGCAGGCACACGCAACAGUCAACCGAACCCACCCCAGUGCGAAAGUGGAAUAGGCCCAACUUGUCGCAAAUCCACGUAGUUGGCGAUUGCCGUUAGCUUGUUUAGCUUACGUGGACGUCAGCGCACCAUGGACCUGCCACAUCAUGGGUACCGACCAACAAAGACAAGAGCCCGUGCACCUCCACCAUCAGCAGACCCCCUGCUGUUUGAUGACACCAGCUCUUCACAGCCAGCCAUGAACAGUCAGGGAUACUACACCCCGGGAUACAGCAUGGCAGCCCCCAUAGGUGGCCCUCAAGUAGACCCUGCAGGAAACAAUCUGUUUGCAGACCCGAUGGCCAAUGCCGCCAUGAUGUAUGGUUCAACACUGGCCAAUCAGGGAAAGGAUAUGGUUAACAAAGAGAUCAGCAGAUUCAUGUCCAUGAACAAGCUGAAGUAUUUCUUUGCCGUGGACACCAGAUAUGUCGUGAAGAAACUUAUGCUCCUAAUGUUCCCAUACACACAUCAGGACUGGGAAGUUCGUUACCAUCGGGAUACUCCUAUGACGCCAAGACAUGACGUGAACGCACCUGAUCUUUACAUACCGACAAUGGCGUUCAUUACGUACAUUCUACUUGCUGGAAUGGCCCUCGGCAUUCAACAAAGAUUCAGUCCAGAGGUGCUUGGACUGUGUGCCAGUACGGCUCUGGUCUGGAUCAUCAUCGAGGUGCUGGUGAUGCUGCUCAGUCUUUACCUGCUCACCGUGCACACCGACCUCUCCACGUUUGACCUCCUUGCUUACAGUGGAUACAAAUACGUUGCGAUGAUUCUCACCGUGUUGAGUGGCUUACUUUUUGGCAGUGAUGGCUAUUUUGUGGCUCUUGCCUGGUCCUCUUGUGCCAUCAUGUUCUUUAUAGCUCGCUCGUUGAAAAUGAAGAUUCUCUCCUCUCUGUCUACUGAUUCGAUGGGUGCGGGAGCCAGUGCAAAACCUCGACUCCGCCUCUAUAUCACAGUGGCUACCGCUGCCUUUCAGCCAUUCAUAAUCUAUUGGCUAACCUCACACUUGGUCAGGUGACAAUAAGGGGCAGAUCACACCAAAGGCUAAUCGUGCUGGAUCUAAAAAGACCCCUGUUAAGCCAUUAGGACAUGUGCUUAAUUCAUUCAAAGUUUAAUAAACCUGCCAGUUAUGAUCCCCUGUCAACUUAUAAAACAUAAAUGUUGAGCUUCUUGUGAGCUUGUUUGAAGUGUUGAUGGCAUUUUCAAUGAUUUACCAGCAAAGUAAAUGAAUAUUGCCUACUAAAAGCUUGUACUUUACAAAUUGUG